AUGUUGGACACGUUCGAGAUCCUGACCACCUCCGGGGUGGUCCUCUGGUCUCGGACCUAUGCGCCGGUCAACCCAUCCGUGAUCAACAACUUCAUUGCCGACGUCUUCAUUGAGGAGAAGGGAGGCGCUGCCUCCAGUCAGUCCGCUGCCAGCAACCCCCCAUACAAGCGCGACCAGCACACACUACGAUAUACGUUUGUCAAGGAACUGGGUGUCAUCUUUGUGGCCGUUUAUAGAUCACUCCUCCACCUUUCAUGGAUUGACAAGCUCGUCGAUAACAUCAAGACCAUCUUCGUAGAUCUGUAUGGAGAGCAAUUGACGAAGCCUCACACGACAGUGGUCGAAUGCCACAAGUUCGAUGAGUACUUUGAUCAGCAGGUUAGGGAACUGGAGACGGCGGGAUCAAAGGGCGACUCAAACGUCUCAGAAGCCGACUUCACAAAGGAGGAGAAGACGCUGUCUGGAAAUCUCGGCGAUGACCCGCCCCUCCCUCCGGGUCUGCAUUAUAGGGGUCGCGGUCUGAACAGCGCAAACGAAACCUCGAACGACUCGACCCCCAUCGCGACGCCUACUACCUCUCGACCCUCGACUCCCGGAACCGGCGGUGUAUUAGUAGGCAAGGCGGGCCCCGUCGCCAAGAUGUCACGUCGCGCGCGCAAGGCGGGCAACUCUGCGCCGCUUUCUUCUGGCGACGAGUCCGCCGGCAGAAGGCCCAAGGCCGCGACGAGGUCAUCGACAAAGAAGGGCCGCAAGUGGGACGCAGACGGCAUGGCGGACGAGGAGGACGACGUGGUGCUCGACUACUCGGCUGCUCCGAAGUCGGGGACGAGCGACUCGGAAGCCGAGACGACCGCCCGCUCCUCCGCCGUCGAGCACGUCGAUCACACGACAUGGGGGUCCAAGACGUCAAAGGGUCAAUUCGUGCUGAAGGAUCUAGACGACGAGGUUCAUAACAUCCUCGCCUCGGCGCAGGCCAAGAACGACUCCUCCAAGACGGAAGCCUCGGGCGGACUUAUCGGAUCCGGCCUGAGCACGAUUGGAGGCCUCUUCCGCAAUGUGGUCGGUGGCAAGACCCUCUCGAAGCAGGACCUCGACAAGGCGAUGAAGGGCAUGGAGGAGCACCUUCUCAAGAAGAACGUUGCGCGCGAAGCCGCGGUACGGCUCUGCGAGGGCGUCGAGAAGGAGCUCCUGGGUGCCAAGACGGCCAGUUUCGAGAGCAUCAACGCCAAGAUCCAAGCCGCCAUGGAGGCGUCCUUGACGAAGAUGCUCACCCCGACCUCCUCCCUCGACCUCCUCCGCGAGAUUGACGCCAUUACCGCCCCGCCGGCGACUUCCCUCCGUAAAGCUCGUCCCUACGUCAUCUCCAUCGUUGGCGUCAACGGCGUCGGCAAGUCCACCAACCUGUCCAAGAUAUGCUUCUUUCUCCUGCAGAACAAGUACAAGGUCCUCAUCGCCGCCGGCGACACCUUCCGCUCCGGCGCCGUCGAGCAGCUCGCCGUGCACGUCCGUAACCUCAAGGAGCUCACCGUCCGCGAGGGCGGCCGCGUCGAGCUGUAUCAAAAGGGCUACGGCAAGGAUGCCGCCACUGUCGCCCGGGACGCCGUGGCCCACGCCGCGCAGGAUGGCUUCGACGUCGUCCUCAUCGACACCGCUGGGCGCAGACACAACGACCAGCGUCUCAUGUCCUCCCUCGAGAAGUUUGCCAAGUUUGCUCAGCCCGAUAAGAUUCUCAUGGUCGGUGAGGCCCUCGUCGGCACAGACUCCGUAGCCCAAGCCCGCAACUUCAACGCCGCCUUCGGCUCCGUCCGCACCCUCGACGGCUUCAUCAUCUCCAAAUGCGACACCGUCGGAAACAUGGUUGGCACCCUCGUCAGUCUCGUCCACGCCACGAAUGUGCCCGUGCUCUUUGUCGGCGUCGGCCAGCACUACUCUGACCUACGCAACUUUUCCGUAAAGUGGGCCGUCGAGAAGCUCCUGAGCAGUUCUUGA